AGGACUGGUGGGCUGUCUCCCGUAGCUCGUCAACCAGUAGGAUUUCUGAAUUUAAAAACCUCUCUCACCGACUACGAAAGCGGGAUCCCGAACAUGAUGAUGAGAGAAGAUGCGAACUAAUAUCGUUGAGAGAGUAAAGUAUUUUACAUGCUUUUAUCUGUAUUCAAUAACUGCUUUAAUUUCCGAGAAUUGAUAACGUUUUACAGGACUGAAAUGGAUGAGGAGAGCCUAUCACAAAACUGCAUUCAUGUGUUAAUGCUGAAAUCAUCCUGGAUGCUUUGAAGGCUGCUACGACUGUGGUUCAUCAAUCCUCCUGCAUCGAUGAAGCGCUUGCAACGGCUGAAGACAAACGAAAUUAAUUGCAUGGUCAUUAUUUGAUAUCAAAAAUAGGGAGUCCGUAUACAUUUUGGCCUUGACGAGUUGCCGUUAAAAUGGGAGACAACAUGUCCAAAAGAUUGAAAUUAGUGUCGGCUACGGAAGCGGAGAUGGAGGAAAGAUCUUUUAUCAACCCGUACCCCGACUGGGACCAAGGAGUCUUCACAUCUUCCAAUUCAGGAAUGGACAGUGACUGCAACGAGCCUUUCGGCGAAAAUGGAAAGAUGAACGUGGUACCUUCAGGCAUUUGUAAAUUGCUCCCACGGAUGAGCCAGACUUGCAGAGGUCUACAAGAUUUUUUCCUGAGGUCUUGGCUGAUUUCUUUUGAUUUUCCCAUGAUGUCAAGCAAAGAGGCACUGAGUUUGAAGAUCAGCGAGGUGUUCCAGAAGAAGGUGCAGAACAAGAUCAAGGACCUGCUGCAGCAGAUGGAGGAGGGCCUGAAGACGGCCGACCCCCACGACUUCUCCACCUAUACGGGCUGGACAGGUAUCGCCCUUCUCUACCUGCAGUUGCACCGGGUGACCUGCGAGGCCUCCCACCUCCAGAGGGCACUGGACUAUGUGAAGAGGACCCUGAGGAUCCUGAACGGUCGCAAGGUCACCUUCCUGUGUGGGGAUGCAGGGCCACUGGCCGUGGCUGCUGUGGUGCACCACCGCCUCAAGAACCAGACAGAGAGUCAGGAGUGCCUCACCAAGUUGCUCCAGCUGCAGCGUGGAGUGGUGUCUGCGGACUCUGAGAUGCCCGAUGAGCUGCUGUACGGACGGGCCGGCUACCUGUACGCCCUGCUCUAUGUCAACAAGGAGAUAGGACCCGACACUGUGGAUGAGACCACCAUCGCCAGGGUUGUGACGGCCAUCUUGGAGUCGGGGAAGAACAUGGCCAAAGAGGAGAAGAAGGCGGAGAAGUGCCCACUGCUCUACGAGUGGCACAAGAAGCAGUACGUUGGCGCUGCCCAUGGCCUGGCGGGCAUCUACUGUAUGCUGAUGCAGCCCAGUGCUAAGGUGAACCAGGAAGUCCUAUCUGAGUUGGUGCGGCCCAGUGUGGACUACGUCCGCCACAAAAAGUUCCGCUCUGGGAACUACCCGUCGUCGCUAAGCAACGAGACGGACCGGCUGGUGCACUGGUGCCACGGGGCGCCAGGAGUGGUGCACAUGCUCAUCAUGGCACACAAGGUGUUUAAGGAUGAGAAGUACCUGAAGGAUGCUGUGGAGUGUGGGGAGGUGAUCUGGCAGAGAGGCCUGCUGAGGAAAGGUUACGGUAUUUGUCACGGCACGGCGGGCAACGCCUACUCCUUCCUCACCCUUUACCAGCUCACCCAGGAGAAGAAGUACCUCUACCGCGCCUGCAAGUUUGCUGAGUGGUGUCUGGACUACGGAACCCACGGCUGCAGAAUCCCAGACAGACCGUACUCUCUGUUUGAAGGUAUGGCCGGGGCUAUCCACUACCUGUCAGAUUUGACCCAGCCUGAGUCUUCCUGCUUCCCUGCAUUUGAACUUUAACCUUUGGGUCGUAGACGGACCUCGUCCCCCUUCCAUUCUGAACAUUUGGGAGAGUGCGAUGAGCAGGGCUCUUGGAUGAGGGGGUUUGGGGUGUGAUGGACCCCUGGCGUCUUGACGAAGGGAACCCUCAGCCCAGAACUGCAGCCUGGGGAGGGAUGUUGUCCCCUGCUCCAGUUUUUCAGACACAUGGACGGAGGAAAAACACCCCAAAGCCCUAGGCCUUUAACUCUGUAAACGCUGUGUGUGUUGGGGUUUUGUUGUGAAUGGGAAGAAAAUGCUGUUUUGUUCGUGGAUCUUUGCCUCUGCAUGCCUAUCCAGAUCUCCUUCUCUGUAUGUGAUCUCUAAUCCUUGUCCCACACCAGUUUGUAGUGCUACUCCCUCUUCCCUAGAGACUAAUUAUCUUUGCAUGGGGACAUCAGAAAACAUGUAUUAGCCUUGGAAUGUGCGUGUCAGUCAAAUGUUCAUGUCUAACAGUAAAUUAGCGUGGCUUUUUUGUGUGUCACCGUGUUUUGUCCCAUUUUCCAUUUCGUUAAUGUGCUGAAGAGAGGAUUUUGUUCAAUGCCGCUUUGACCUUUUCGCGUGGAUAUUGUUUCCCUCAGGCGAACAGCGUUACAUUAUGAAUGUUGUACAACAAACCGGGCUUCAAUUGCUGUCUUACCGAGUGAUUACAGUACAAUGUCUUAAAUAAAAUGCAUUCUUACCUUCCUUUA